CAUCUGCAGAGUCCCGCUGCAGACUUGAGGAAGUCCAGUGCAUCCAGCAGCAGCAGCAGCAGCAGCAGCAGCAGACCGAGAGAGGAGGGGGGAACGCCAGCGAGUUGUGGUGACCCCACGACCCCAGGUUGAUUUUGCGCAUCGUAAGAAAGAAGAGAGGGUGACCAUGAUCGACCUGAGCUACCUGACGGAGGAGGAGCAGGGCGUCAUCAUGACGGUGCUGAGGAGGGACGCCCAACUGAAGAAGGCGGAGGAGCAGAGAGUCCGGAAUCUGGAGAGUAUCCUGAGCGGAGAUUCAUCGUCGUCAGACUCCAAACUGAAGUAUCUGACAGGCGAAUGGUUCUACGAGGCCAAGUCUCAAAGACACAGGGACAAGAUCCACGGCUCUGAAAUCAUCCUGGCCUCCAUGAAGCAACGGAGAGAUUUAGAGGGAUCUUUAAGAGCUGAAAGACCAAAAGCGCCCAGCAAACAAAGUUCUGACUUGGUGGCUCCAUCAAAACCACUCAGACGUUUGGAUACAUCACAGCCAGAGGAGCUAAAUAAUGCAGAAAAAGAGGAUCUCAGAUCAGCCGCCUGGUCGCCGAGAAUUACGAGACACAACCCUUUCAACAGAGCUCACCGUAACGUGGCCAAGUUCGCCGAAAAUGCUGAGGUCUGUUCAAAGAGUCAAGAGUCCGAGACCGAGUCCGCCUCCUCCCUGAAGUAUCGACAAUCAGGUGGGAGCAGUCACACCUCGGACACCUCCACCACGUCCGGUGGCUCCUUUGCAGGGUACAAACCUGUGCCCAAAAUCAGGACAUUUGUAUCGAAACAGAACACCAGCCAGUCAGACAGCAGUGGUGUAGCCUUGGAUUCUCGGGUGGGUUCACUGGGGGUCGUCCCAGCCCCGAGAAAGAACACCUGGCAGAGUUCCAGUGGAAGCUCCAACCUGUCCAACUUGAAGGGUCAAAAAAAUGAGGCCAUGGUGUCCGCCUUACCGUUCCAUUCUAAUGGGAUCUCCCAGCAGCCCAAGUGUGACGUGUCUCAAGUUUUGUCUCAUUCCAGUCUAUGGACACAAGAGGGAGACAAAAAGCUAUCUUCUCUAACUAUUGACAGAACUUUCCCAAGAGGUGGCGAGUCACUUGACAAAAAAAACGCAGAGAUGACCGAAACCAAUGUGAUCCAAAGAGAUCAUUCCAACCGAGCCCCGGGAAGUAGUGUCCUGCAUCUCGAUACUGGAGGCAGUGUGUUGACAGCAACUGAGGAACCUGUGUGGAGUUCUGCUCAAAGUAUAGUAGGUGGCGAUCCUCCAAUAUCAUAUGAUAUCAACUACAUUGAGUCGUCCGAGCAGAAAAUGCCCAAGAGAUCCCAUCAGAAACACGGUUUCAAGUUGACCACGCAGACCUCCAGUCCUACUGGCAAUGAUGAAAACUCCAUCGCAAAAGUGCUGGACUGGUUCAACCGCAGCACAGACAGCAGCGACUGGCUGAGUGCAGGAGACAGACCUGAAGUCUCAAAGAACCCCCCUGACAGAAACAAUGAGUUAGACGUGUUAAUAAAGAAAGAUACGGAAGGUGUCAGAAGUUUUCUGCAGAAAGAAUCAAUCGAAAUGGAGAUAAGUUCGUCGCAAAGACAAGAGGAUGAGGUGUCGAAGGAUGCUGGAGAUGGGUUGGUGAAAAAGGAAUACGAAAGCCAAACACACAAAAAAAUCGACACCAUAGACCCAAACACCACAACUUCCAUGAUCUCGACAGAUAUAAUGGAAACGGAAAAACUCGGAAUCUUUACGGGGCAGGUAACCUACGCCAAAAAUGGACUGGAUGCUGGUGAGCUGAAACAUUCAGAAACCAACCAAGAUGAAAAGGAGGUAGACACACACAUUGAUAGCCAUGUCAAGCCAAUAGCGCCACAACCGCCUCUGAGAUCCAAUCUAAAGUCAAAGAGGCCCACUUCAAUCCAAACAAAUCCACAAGCGGACACCAGUGCCCAGUCAAGAGAUUGUGCAACCGAAGAAGACCUGUCAGGAACCAUCCAGUCUACAGACUUAAAGACACAUACAAACAGUGUCGAACCCUUCACUAAAACCCAAAACAGUUUAGGUAAAAACUUGACAGAUAGACACAACAAGGAUCAAAGUGCUCAAUCGAUCAUGUCGCCCAGAAAAAAUGACCAAGCAGAUAGUCCUCAUUCCGAAAGACAAAACUAUGUCCAGGAAGAAAGCACCACAAACAAGAUUAAGCAGCUCAAAUCUUUCUGGGAGCAGGAGAGAACCAAGCCUGUGGUCCCUGAUAGUAAACCUAAAGCAGUUCGGGGUGCAAAGCUGAAUAAAAGAUUCACAAAAUCAGAGUACGACUUGCGGGCCAUAUGCAACAGUUCAGGCAGCGAUGAAGAACAUUGUCAAAGAAACCAUUUGAAUCCAAGGUUAGAAAAAAUGUCCCCGACACUUGGUGCCAGCAGAGAACACUUUAACAGUUUACUGGAAUUCUGGGAUGAUGCCACAACUGAUUCCAAGUCUGUUGACAGGAUAAAAAGCCCCCAAAAACAUCAGAUUUUUCAGCAUAUGUCUCAAGAUUUACAGAAUGCUGAGCCAGAGUCAUGUCGCUUAUCUCCUACUAAAACGUCUCACGAUAGAGAGGUUGGCUCUGGCUCGAUAUCAGUAAACGAUGCCAAAAACAACUUUUCCAGUCAUCAAGUAGCUGAGUACAGUGCCUCAAAAGAACCCAAAAAGAUUGUGGGCCGAGAGGAGAAAGCCACAAAACCACCUACAACUCCACCAAAGGAGGUUCGUUCUCCAAAGAGACGAAAAGACAGCUUCAGCCUUUCCAGCAGUCGAGGCAGGUCUAUGCGUCGAGCCACCAGCAUGUUCACUCUUAUUGAUCCAGAACCACCAAGUUAUAGUCAGCUGAAGAUAGAUGUAAGCCCUGUUCACUCCCACAGCAGAAAGCAGUGUAGAGAUCAGGACAAAAGGCACGCCUCAGAGGCCACCGAUACUCCCCUUGCCAGGGCCUUUGUACCCCAAGACUACAGCCAUUACUUAGGGAUGGCCAAUGAGCCAAGUGCCCACUCCACCUCCACAGAAGAGGUUUUUGAGGCCUUUGGUGGGUCUGUGAAGACCAGCACCCCUGUGGGCUCAGGGGGGAGAGGCUUCAAGAAGAGUACCAAAAGGAGUCCACAUCACCUCUGGGCAAAGCACAGCAGUUUAGACGCUGAUCCGGAAUCAUCUGUAAGCAGCACGUCUGAAUCCUGGUCCAACUCAAGAAACACUUCUAGCCGAGAAGAUGAUGAGGAUGACAAAAAUCCCGUCAGGAAAGCUUUACGGCGAGCAGAAGCCCGACCGAAAUAUCUGGCAAAAAGCAUGGAGGACCUCACAGCCUCCCUGUCACCAAGGCAACCGAGAAGACAAGACCCAACUAUUGACCUGAGACGCACCAGUGAUGUGACCAUCCCAUCCCCUCACUCAACCUUGUCCUCUGAUCCAGUGAGCCUGAAGAAAAUAAGCAAAUCAGUUUCUUCCAUCUUGCAGAAAGAGGACGACAACAAUGUCUAUGAGGACAUUUUCCUCCCAGGAAGACACACACUGGACUUCUCUGACAUGGCCUCUUUGUCGUCCUUGAGCGGAAGCGUGAUGACCAUGGACAGCAGCGAUUUUGGCAACGUGGAGAUUCAAGGGAACAUCCAGUUCUCCAUCAACUACGUGAACAAGCUCAAGGAGUUCCACAUCUUUGUGGCUCAGUGCCAAGACUUGGCGUCCGCCGACACCAAGAGAGGACGCUCGGACCCCUACGUCAAAAGCUACCUUGUCCCUGACAAAAAUCGUCUGGGAAAGAAGAAAACGUCCGUGAAGAAAAAGACACUUAAUCCCACUUUCAAUGAGAUCCUCAGGUAUCGAGUGGACAUGGAUUAUCUCAGGACGCAGACGCUUGUUCUCUCCGUUUGGCAUAACGACACAUUUGGUAGAAACAGCUUCUUGGGGGAGGUGGACGUAGACCUCUCCAAAUGGAACUUCGACCACACCCAGAUGAACUACUUAGACUUGAAAAACAGGACUACAACACCCUCUCUGACGCCAUCAGGUGGUCGAGGGGAGAUGAGACUUGCUGUACGCUACCUGCCGAAGGUCAACGUCAAUGCAGGUGUGUCUAAGGAAGGUGUAGCCACAGGAGAGAUUCACAUUUGGGUGAAAGAAUGCAAGAACCUGCCUUUAAUCAGAGCCACCCUGGACUCCUACGUCAAGUGCUACGUGCUGCCGGACACGAGCAGGAAGAGUCGGCAGAAGACGCGCGUGCUGAGGAGGACGAGUGACCCCGUGUUCAACCACACCAUGGUGUACGACGGCAUCCGGGAGAUGGAUCUGGUGGAGGCUUGUGUGGAGCUCACAGUCUGGGACCGAGACAGGCUGGCCAGCAACCUGCUGGGGGGCCUCAGGCUCGGAGCUGGGACGGGUCAGAGUUACGGCUCGGCCGUGAACUGGAUGGACUCCACCCCCCUGGAGGUGGCGCUGUGGGGGCGCAUGGUGGCCUGUCCCAAUGAAUGGGUGGAGGACGUACUGCCCUUCCGAAUGCUGAACUCGGCCAAAACUGCCUUCAGAUAAGUCAAGUCCACUAUACCCCCGGACUCAUUUUUAAACGGGCUGAAGAAGAACAAGGCACAGAACAAUACGCGCUACGUUAACGACCGACUAAUAGCCCCUUAGAUUAUGCGUCCGAUAUUUAGUCGUUUUAAUAUCAUGCAUUUGUUUGUCUCAUAUCUGCCAACUCUUGCACUCUUACUGCUCUACUUUUUAGGUUUUGUUGAUCUGGGCUCCCCCUACUGGUGUUGUACGUCACCUACUUGAUCAAUCCAAAUGCACCAUGUUAAAAGUGUAGUUGUUGUGUCUCCAUGGCAACAACACAGACACAAUUGUCUUUCUCACAAGCAUGGCCGUAGAGCAGGGGUCAGCAACCUUUUUGAAAGCAAGAGCUACUUCUUGGGUACUGAUUAAUGCAAGGGCUACCAGUUUGAUACACACUUCAAUAAAUUGCCAGAAAUGGCAAAUUUGCUCAAUUUACCUUUAAUAAAUAUAUAUAUAUAUAUAUAUAUAUAUAUAUAUAUAUAUAUAUAUAUGUAUGUGUGUGUGUGUGUGUGUAUUUCUGUCUGUCAUUCCGUCAUACAUUUUUUUUCCUUCUACAGAAGGUUUUUUGUAGAGAAUAAAUUAUGAAAAAUAAUUUCAUUGAAUGGUUUAAAAGAGGAGAAAACAGGAAAAAAAUGAAAAUUAAAAUUUGAUACAUAGUUUAUCUUCAAUUUCGACUCUUUACAAUUCAACCGAAAAAAAGUUGAGAAAAACUAGCUAAUUCGAAUGUUUUUGGAAAAAAUUUAAAAAUUAAAAAAAAUAUUUAUGGAACAUCAUUGGUAAUUUUUCCUGAUUAAUAUUGAUUUUAGAAUUUUGAUGACAUGUUUUAAAUAGGUUAAAAUCCAAUCUGCGUUUUGUUAAAAUAUUGAACCAAGCUAUAUUUCUGACAAAGACAAAUCAUUAUUACUUCUAGAUUUUCCAAAACAAAAAUUUCAAAAUAAAUUCAAAAGACUUUGAAAUAAGAUUUGAAUUUGAUUCUUAAGAUUUUUUAGAUUAGUUAGAAUAAUUAUUUUGAAUUUUAAUCAUAAUAAGUUUGAAGAAAGAUUUCACAAAUAUUUUUCGUCCAAAAAACAGAAGCUAAAAUGAAGAAUUAAAUUUAAAUUUAUUUAUUAUUCUUUAUAAUAAAAAAAAAUAAUUUACUUGAACAUUGAUUUAAAUUGUCAGCAAAGAAGAGGAAGGAAUUUAAAAGGUAAAAAGGUAUAUGUGUUUAAAAAUCCUAAAACCAUAUUUGAGGUUGUAUUUUUUCUCUAAAAUUGUCUUUCUGAAAGUUAUAAGAAGCAAAGUAAAAAAAUAAAUGAAUUUAUUUAAACAAGUGAAGACCAAGUGUUUAAAAUAUUGUCUUGGAUUUUCAAAUUCUAUUUGAGUUUUGUCUCUCUUAGAAUUAAAAAUGUCCAGCAAAGCGAGACCAGCUUGCUAGUAAAUAAAUACAAUUUAAAAAAUAGAGGCAGCUCACUGGUAAGUGCUGCUAUUUGAGCUAUUUUUAGAACAGGCCAGCGGGCGACUCAUCUGGUCCUUACGGGCGACCUGGUGCCCGCCUUGGUGACCCCUGUAAUAGACAGAUCUCUUUUUCUAACAUGCAGACAAUUAUUUCCAAGGGUAAAAAAAAGUUUUUUUGGGUUGAUCCAUACCACAGGUUUCCAACUCGAGGCCAAGGAGCAUGAUCUGGGCCGCCAUAUCAUUUGGUGUUGCCCACCAAGUCAUUUUAUGUGGUCUGCCACAAUAAUUUAAGUGACCCGCCACUCCUUUUUAAGUUGCCCGCCAUUUCAUUUUAUGUGGUUCGCCACUUUAAUCUGAAUUGGCCGUCCCAUCAUUUCAUUUGCUCUGCCUCGUUAUUUUAAGCGUCUCACACAUCAUGUAUGCUGUCCGCCACGUCAUUUAAGUGGCCCGCCACAUGAACCUGAUUGGCACGCUACGUCAUUAAGGUGGCCUGCGAGAGGCUAGAGAUAAUAAAGCACUUUCUGGCUAAA